AUGAGGAACAUUGCAAAGUGGCGCUGUCAGCUGACGGAGUACGACAUCGAGUACGUGCCCCGCACAUCAAUCAAGGGGCAAGCAAUUGCAGACCAUUUAACGGAGUUUGCGAUUGAGGAUGACACACCGAUUAAUUCCGACUUUCCAAACGAAGGGAUCCUCCAAAUGGACGAGAAGGAGGAUGGGACCGCGUGGAAGAUGUACUUCGACGGUGUAGUGAAUUCCACUGGUUCUGGUAUCGGCACAGUGCUGAUAUCCCCAGACGGACGUUAUUAUCCGAUUGCAGCAAAAGUUGAUUUUCCCUACACCAACAACGUGGCCGAAUACGAGGCGUGCAUCCUUGGCCUGCAGGCGGCGAUCGAUUUCAAGGUGAAGGACCUAGAAGUGUUCGGGGAUUCAAUGCUCACAAUCUUCCAGAUACUGGGACAAUGGAAGACGAAAAACGCGAAGCUAGUACCAUACCACGAGUAUCUCGAGGAGUUAGCGGAGAACUUCGAGAAAAUCUCGUUAACAUACACGCCACGCAUCAAGAAUCAGUUUGCAGACUCACUUGCGACAUUGGCAUCAACGGUGAGCAUCAAAAAAGAAAACCUCAUCGAGCCACUUGAGAUCGAGAUUGCCAAAGGCCCGACUUACUACGACACAAUCGAGUCAACCGAUGAACAACCAUGGUACGAAGACAUCAAACUUUUUCUGCAAACCAGCUAA